UGAAGUUGAGAAUAUUUCUGAGGAGAAAAGGGAAAAAAUGGGAUGCGUGUCAUUAAGAAAAUGAUGAAAAAGAAGGAAAGAAGAAAUCCGCUGGUGACGCUCGCUCGCAUGAUGCUCCUUUCACAAUUUUUUUUUUUUUUAGGAUUGGGUGGGACAACUUCACUGAGGUAACAAAGUAUUUUUACCAACUACUACAAAAAAAAAACUUGUGGAAAGUAACAAUUUGUCAAUUUUUUGAUGGCAUCAGUGGCUCAUUUUAAGCACUUAUUUGAGCGUCGGUCCGCUCGCGCUAGCUCACGCUAACACCUUUCAUUGCGAAAGAAGCUAACAAAAAAAAUAAAUAAAAAGUCGGUAAUGGCGUCUUCCGGCCUCUCCGCCGUUUUGGUAAUUCCCGGCAAAACGAGCGCGUGUCAGCCAUUCAUAAGAAGAAUGGAAAGAGAAAACGAAGGGAGGAUGACGAAACCUCACUUCUGCUUUUCGCGCCUUAAAUUCGGCCGUCCGAGAAUCUUCGCUCACACUCGCUUCUCCGACCGACUGAGCGACCGACCGAGACCGCUUCCCUCUCUUUCCUACUCGCGUCUUCUUCCUCCCGUCGAAACGAUGAACUCCGCAAGCCCGCAGAAGUUGAUUUUGGCGGUCGUGGUCCUGGUGGCCCUGGUCCGGAGCGGACGCGGCCAAGGCAAGCCCACAGAAUGCUGCGAGAAGGUGAGCUACAAGGAGAUAGCGGAGGAAGUCGUCGGGUACCGAGUCCAGAUCGCACACGCGCCGUGCCUGCCAGCCGUCAUCUUCUACACCAGAGACAGCUUCUACUGCGCCGCCAUCCGCGCCCGGUGGGUCCGCAAGAAGGCCGCCGCCAUCGAGAAGGCCGCCGCCGGCGCCGCUCGGGCUUCGACCGCCGGCUCGCCGGCCUCCGUCCUCACCUCCGCCCCUUCUUCAUCGCCGCCACCAUCAUCCUCCUCCUCCUCCAUCUCCCCUCGCCUCCUCCGAAAGGGUAACCAAUUCCCGGAAAACGAGCGUAUUUGUCAGCCAUUCAUAAGAAGAAUGGAAAGAGAAAACCGGGGCACGAUGACGAAACCUCACUUCUGCUUUUCAGGCCUUAAAUUCGGCCGUCCGAGAAUCUUCGCUCACACUCGCUUCUCCGACCGACUGAGCGACCGACCGAGACCGCUUCCGCCUCUUUCCUACUCCCGUCUCGUCUCUCCCGUCAAAACGAUGAACUCCACAAGCCCGCAAAAGAUGAUUUUGGCGGUCGUGGUCCUGGUGGCCCUGGUCCGGAGCGGACGCGGCCAAGGCAAGCCCACAGAAUGCUGCACAAGGGUGAGCUACAAGGAGAUAACGGAGGAAGUCGUCGGGUACCGAGUCCAGAUCGCACACGCGCCGUGCCUGCCCGCCGUCAUUUUCUACACCAACGAGAGCUUCUACUGCGCCGCCAUCAGCGCCCCGUGGGUCCGCAAGAAGGCCGCCGCCGUCGAGAAGGCCGCCGCCGCCGCUCGGGCUUCGACCGGCAGCUCGCCGACCCGAAGCUCGCUGCUCUCCAUCAUCACCUCGGCCGCGUCCGCCCCUUCUUCAUCUCCGCCAUCAUCAUCCUCACCCUCCUCCUCAUCAUCUUCAUCUUCAUCCUCCUCCUCCUCCUCCUCCCACUAAGAAGACGAGCGCUUCGGACUUCUUUAGUUUCUUACAGUUAUUUAUCGGUGCAUUCAUUUAAUAUUGGCUUUUAUUUAUUUCCUAAAGUCUAAGUUAUUAAUU